AUGGUUGCGCCAACUUUACAGAGCCAAAUAAAAAAAUCACAGAAUCAGUCACAACAAUAUGGUCCAGUGAAAGAAAAUAAUGUCAUUAAUAUCGAAGCCAUAUCAAUGGGUAAUGAUAGUAAAGUGGAAUUAGGCAAAUCAGCUGUGCCUGCACCAUUUGCGCCUAUGACUUUUCAAAUGACACCUGUGACGCCAUUUACAGUAGUGCCAGAUGGUAUCCCUUCCUCUCGGGAGAAUACUCUUCUCAGUACAGCAAAAUUGGUGACACGAAAUAAAAGGAAACAGAAAGGUGGCGGAAAUGGCUUAAUGAUGAUUGCUAUUAUGCAUCUUCUUCUUGCAUGUGGCCUAAUAGACUUAGGUAUGUUUCUUACCAUUCGAUUCAAUCAUUACGGUUAUAUAUGGCCUGAUAGUUAUGCAAAAUUAUCUGUUUCCCAAUAUCGACUUUAUCGUAAUCAGAUACUUUCUAUCCGUGCACUCUAUUCACCUGUAACAAUAGCUAUUGGUUUGAUGAUAUUUUUCCCGAAAAUCAUUUAUUUAUUAAUUAUUUUCUAUUCCAAAGUAUCAUUUUGGCGAGCAGUGAUCGUUGAUGGUGGCAUUUCUUUUCUUGCACUAACUUAUGCAUUCAUUACAGGUUCACAUGCAUAUAUUAUAUUGCGCAAUAUUUCAGAGAUUGAUAUCGGUGAUAACAGUGAUAUCCUUUGUUAUGCUAUCAGAGGUUCACGUGAAAAAGCAUCACAAGAAUUACGUGAUCGAUGUUUGCUAGUUGCAUAUAAAAUGUUUGGGUCGGAUGUCGGGGACAAUUGUGGUAUGUCGCGGGGUGGUGGGGCAUUUGUGCAGUUGGUUUUGAUAUCAUUGGUGUCGUUGUUAGUAUUUGUUUUGCUUUAUUUACGAUAUAUCAAACGUCAUUCGUGCAUGAACCAAAAUGUACCCAAAAGGAAGCAGCCGCUAACAUCAAUGCGAAUAUGCUGUGUGGCUGGAUCAGGUGGACAUACUGCUGAAUUACUGACUUUAAUGUCUGCCUUCAGGCAACAAUUUGGUCAUCGUAUAUAUAUUGUUUCUGAUACUGACAAACUAAGCGAACAGAAGAUAAUCGAAUUUGAGAAAUGGCAAAGCUCGGGGAAUUUUCGAGUGGAAAGAAUAAGCAGAAGUCGGGAAGUAAAGCAGAGCUAUGUCACCUCAAUAUUCACAACAAUUCGGGCCUGCAUUGAAAGUUUAUUCUUGAUGUGGCGGAUAAGGCCUGAUGCAGUUCUUUGUAAUGGGCCAGGUGUCUGUUUACCGAUUUAUUUCGCUGCAGCGUUGUUAGAUUUGCUACGACUGCGUGAUAUAUGCUUAUUUUACGUUGAAAGUUUGUGUCGAGUUAAAAAAUUAUCAUUAACCGGACAGAUAUUAUAUGAAUCGCGUAUUCCUGAUAUUUUUUUUGUACACUGGAAAGAUCUUGUUCAGCGUUAUCCACGUGUUGUUCUGAUACCGUGCAAUCGUUAG